AUGGAAAAGCAAACCAUGAUUGCCAGAAGUUGCCAUGAUCAUCAGCUCUGGUUUGCCAUUCUUAUCUCCUUUCUCUUGUGCUCUAUAUUGCUAUGCUUUGAUUAUUCUGCUUCCUUUUAUGGCCCCAAGGAUGGGGUCACUUUCUUACUCAACAAACAAGUAAACCCAUUUGUUAUUAAGAAUAAUGGAACCAAAGAUUCCUGCAGUGGCCGCUAUGUUUUCAUUCAAGAGAUUCCUUCUCGCUUCAAUUACUACUUGCUUGAGAAUUGUCAGUCUCUUACCAGAGGAACUGACAAACACAACAUGUGUCCAUACAUGAAGAACCUGGGUUUUGGUCCUGAGAUUGGUGACUCUCAAGGGGUUUUAACCAACAAGAGUAGUUGGUAUGCCACCAACCAGUUCUUGUUGGAAGUGAUAUUUCACAACAGGGUGAAAAAUUAUGAGUGCUUGACCAAUGAUUCGUCCUUGGCCUCUGCAAUUUUUGUCCCAUUUUAUGCUGGUCUUGAUGUGAGUCGUGUCCUUUGGGUUUCUAAUCUUACAGUGAGGGAUUCCUCUGGUCGAGAUCUUGUUCAGUGGCUUGCAAAUAGACCCGAAUGGAAGAAAAUGUGGGGUAGAGAUCAUUUCCUUGUUUCAGGUAGGAUUUCUUGGGAUUUAAGGAGACAAUAUGAUAGUGAGUCCUAUUGGGGUAGCAAGUUUAGAUUUUUGCCUGAAUCCUUGAAUAUGUCAAUGUUGGCAAUUGAAGCAAGUUCAUGGAAUAAUGACUAUGCAAUACCAUACCCAACUUCUUUUCAUCCCUCUAAGGACAGUGAAGUUUUCCAAUGGCAGAGUAAAAUCAGACAUCAGAAGCGGCCUUACUUGUUUGCUUUCACUGGGGCUCCAAGGCCUGAAAAUGAAAAGUCUUUAAGGGGAAAUGUCAUAGAGCAAUGCCGAGCUUCGAGUGCUUGCAAAUUCAUUGAUUGCAGCAAUGUUGGAGAGAAUUGUGACAACCCCAUUAAUGUUAUGAAGGUGUUUGAAAGCUCCGUGUUCUGUUUGCAGCCUCCGGGUGACUCAUACACCAGAAGAUCCAUUUUUGAUUCCAUGUUGGCUGGUUGUAUUCCUGUUUUCUUUCAUCCUGGCACGGCUUACUCACAGUAUCAAUGGUAUUUACCAAAGAAUAGGACAAAGUACUCUGUGUAUAUACCAGUGAAGGAUGUAAAAGAAUGGAAUGUCAAUGUGGAGAAGGUGUUGGUGGGAAUUCCAAAGGAUGAGGUAUUUGCAAUGAGAGAAGAGGUUAUAAAGUUGAUUCCAAAAUUAAUUUAUGCAGAUCCUAGGUCUCCGUUAGAGAAACUUGAAGAUGCAUUUGAUUUAGCAGUAAAAGGGAUACUUGAAAGGAUAGAGAAAGUGAGGGAAGCAAUUAGGAACGGGAGAGAUCCCAGCAUAGGUUUUGCUGAUGAAGACAAUUAUAAGUUUACAUUUUCAGGUAAUUAAUUACAGCUAACGGAAGA